AUGAAUCCGCUUGAUCCGGAUGCACCGGGUGUUGGUAAACAAACAAUGCUUGAUUGGUUACGUUUCAAUUAUCCAAUGGAGACGAUCCGCCGUGGAUUGAACAAAGCCGAGAUAGCCAAGAUUGUACGAGAAAAGCAACCUGAUUUAUUCCCCAAUGAAUCCUCCUCCUCCUCACAUAAUCUAAGUGAUCACAAACCCAAAAUCCCACCGCCUAUCAAACCUAAAGUCCAACAGCCCAGCGAACUCAAAACUAGCAAAGCGGGAAUGCGAUUAAUCAAACACGAUCAACCUGGUCAAGAUCUCAUUGUUCGUACCGACACCCUUCACCAGCUUUCAACGGGUCCAGAAUGCACUCCCGAAAGAAGACCUGAGAUCGAUCUAGGAGGGAAAGCACACUUGGGCAAGCGAGUGGCCUCGUCUGAAGCCGACCGCCAAUCAAAAUUUAGGAGAAUUCCGCCAGCCCCUCAAUCCGACAAAAACAGUAUUGACAAGCCUCCUAGGAGCAAGAAGAAAGUCGCUUUCACCCCAGCUGUACCUUGUCAAUUGAACGAUGCAUCUGCGGAAUGGGCAACAACUUCAGACGUUGGUGAAGCUGAUCACCAAAAACCGAAAUCAGACCCUCUGGAAAAGUCACGCGUCACCAAACUCAGAAGCACAGUGUCCUCUACCCCAAAACCUGGCCAAUCCUACAUCGAUGCAACCCUUAUAUCCCAUCAGCAUAAUUCAAUGUCUCUGAGCCCCUCUUCCGCCAGUCAAUCUCUUAUCAACUUGAGCGCAGAUGAAGUGUUUGUUUCCCAAGCAAGGAACAUAACUCAACCUCAUGACCUGAUGGAGUUUUCUGACCUUGAUUUGUUUGAGACGGAUAACACCUCGUUUGGACGAGACAUACCUGCAAUUACGCACACGGCGCCAACUGUUUCUGGUGUUGAUGUUUUUCUUAUGGAAAGACAACGCGAAGGAAAAAUUUCAUCUCUUGAGGAUGCUAUAGAUGACAUGAAGUCCCAAGUUGAGAUGGCUAACAGAGAGAGGUUUAAUAUCUUGGCUAUAGAAGAUGCGCAAGAAAGACAAGGUAUUCCACAUCCAUUUGUUGUACAAUAUGAUAUGGUUGGAGCUGAUGUGUUGAACUACAGAUAA